AUGAGGGUGUUCGGGCCGGGACCGGUGCUGGGGGUCCCUUUCUGCCUUGGCAGGGAGAGGCUUCGGGCCUGGCUGCGGAACGAGCACCUCGAGUCUUGGAAAAAUGAGCUGGGGACCAAGUGUCGGCAGGCCGGAGCUCUACUGGGGGAUACACCCAGCGAGGGCCUAGUCCGGGACAUAAGGUCCUUGAGCAGAAGGGACGCUAGGCUAGCGGUGCAAAUACUGACUGGCCAUGGAGCCCUUAAUUACCACAUGCACAGGCUGGGCCGUUCCGAUACGACUGAGUGUAGGGCCUGUGGGGAGGAAGAGGAGACAAGUCUCCACAUUCUUUGCGACUGCCCGGCCUACGCGGGGCUAAGACUAAAACUACUAGGCUCGGCUUUUCCCGAGCCAGGGCAGAUUAGUAGGCUACCUAUGAGGGACCUGAGCCUCUUCUGGAGGGAAUCGGGGCUCCCAUAG